UUUUUAACUGCAUUCUCCUUUUAAUCCGCUGAUCCAUCCGAAGAGAGACCAACCUCAUAACUUCUCUCUGCAAAAGCUUUCGAUUGCAGCUCUGUAAUUGUGAUUCUUUAUUAAAGAAAGAAAGAAUUGGGCAUGAACGACAAGGCGUCGGUUUCCAAAGAGCUCAAUGCCAAACAUACAAAGAUAUUGGAGGGUCUCUCUAAGCUGCCUGAGAAUAGGGAAUGUGCAGAUUGCCAGAGCAAGGCUCCACGAUGGGCGAGUAUCAACCUCGGAAUAUUUAUUUGCAUGCAAUGCUCAGGAAUUCAUCGUAGUCUUGGAGUACAUAUAUCAAAGGUGAGAUCUACAACUCUAGAUACAUGGCUACCAGAGCAGGUUGCUUUCAUGAAAUCCAUGAGUAACAAGAAGUCCAACAGUUACUGGGAAGCAGAGCUGCCACUGAAUUUUGACAGAAACCCAAUUGAAAAAUUUAUUCAUUCGAAAUACGUGGACAAAAAAUGGGCUUCUAAAGCUACCGUACAACCGAUGCCUGUAGCAGGCCAAAAGGGUUAUAGUCCUGAAAGAUCUGUAGGAGUGUCCAGAAGUGGAAUUCCAAAGAAAGCAAGAAAAUAUUCUCUGGAGGAAGAAGCUUUUAGCAAUAACAUGCCACAUAUUGCUUCUACAACAAGAGCUCGUGGGGGUUCAUUGGAUUUGAUGAAUGACAACAUUUUAGCUCCACCAAAGGCAACCAUUUCCGAACAAAGUACAUCUCGUAAAAGCAUCGAUACUGCAACAGAUCUCUUCAGUCUGCUCUAUGUUUCGGAUGCACAACAGGAUCGCACUGUUGUACCUCCAUCACGCUGGGCUACUUUUGAUUGAGCCGAUGCAUUCAAUAGAGGAAGAGAUGUAUUUGAUUGCUAAGUACUUCUGUGCUGAGAAUUUUCAGUUGGUGAGAGAAAAAUGGGAAGGAUGGUACUCAUGUAAAAGGUUCUUGAUUAAUUAACACAUUUGUGAUCUUACCGGCAUCCACUUACAAAUACCAGUCUUAUCAGUGAAAAGCACAGUUCGAAUAGCAAUUAAUUGAGUUUUUAAAUUAGCUCUUAGUUCUGGAAAUGAGAAUUGGAGAUCUUUUUAAAGUGUAGGAUAUAUAGUAUGUCUGUCUCUCGUUCCUUGUUUCGCUCUGUCACUCAUGUUUGCCUCUAGCUUUUGGUUUGUUAGGUCUUGUUAAUAGUAUGAUAUGGCUUGGACCAUUAAUUCGUUUAAAAGCACAGAAAACCUUGUAUAUAUGUAUAAGCUCUGAGGGAAAAGAGGUAUGACAGGUACAUACUUUAGCUUGUGAUUAUUUAAUAUUUAAAGUAUGUUUGGAAGUGUUUAUAAA